UUCAGAAUCGACUGCCCCACAUGCAUGAGAUCGGCGAGAGGAAUCAGCAUGAAAACAUCGUGAAGAGUUGUUUUCGCCUAAUUCCUAAGAUCUAAAGACGUAUAAGAAGAAAGUAAAGAUGGUGAAAGAGCAAUUUCGGGAAACAGACGUGGCUCGAAAGAUAAGCCAUGUUUGCUUUGGCCUGAUGUCGCCGGAGCAGAUGCGGCAACAAGCAACCAUCCACGUUGUAAGCAACAAGCUGUAUCAACCCGAUACCCGCAACCCCAUCCCGUAUGGCGUCUUGGACCAUCAUAUGGGCACAAGCGAGAAGGAGAACCCUUGUCAAACCUGUAAGAAGACCUUAGCUGAUUGUGUGGGGCACUAUGGCUUUGUGGAUCUUGAGUUGCCUGUGUUUCACAUUGGUUUCUUCAAGCUGGUCAUGAAUUUGCAAGCAAUAUGCAAGACCUGCGGCCAUAUUCUUCUAGACGACGAAACCCAUCAGAACUUUGUGGAUGCCUUGCGACGUCCCAAUCUCACCUACCUACAGAAAAGGGGACUAAGAAAGAAGAUUCAUGAGAAGGCGCGCAAGAACCAGAUCUGCUUCCAGUGCAAUUCAUAUAAUGGACCUGUUAAGAAGUGUGGUCCUCUUAAGAUCAUCCAUGAAAGAUGGAAGGUGAAUCGGAAGAACCCAGAGAAGGUCCUGAAGCAGUUUCAGAGCUCCCUGGAUACAGCCAUUGAACAUAACAAGGACAUUGAGCCAUUGCUUCCAAAGGCACAGGAGAAUAUGAAUCCAUUGAUGGUAUUGGAAUUGAUGAAAAGGAUACCCAACGAGGACAUUCCACUGUUGUGUAUGGACACAGAGAACAGUCGUCCUCAAGACCUCAUCUUAACACGGCUUCUAGUCCCUCCUCUGUGUAUUAGACCAUCCGUCGUAUCGGACCUCAAAGCAGGAACGAACGAAGAUGACUUGACGGUGAAGCUCACAGAGAUUAUCCUGAUCAACGAUGUCAUCCAAAAGAGAAGAAGAGCAGGCGCAAAGAUGUCGAUGAUCAUGGAAGACUGGGAUUUCUUGCAGCUGGCCUGUGCUUUGUACAUCAACAGUGAAACAUCUGGACUACCCCUUAACAUGCAGCCCAAGAAGCCAACCAGGGGAUUCUGCCAGCGUCUGAAGGGCAAACAAGGUCGUUUCCGUGGUAACUUGUCCGGCAAGCGAGUAGACUAUUCCAGCAGGACUGUCAUCUCUCCUGAUCCAAACUUGAGAAUUGAUGAGGUGGCAGUCCCGGAGCAUGUUGCCAAGCUGUUAACCUACCCCGAGAAGGUCACCAAGUCCAACAUGUCCCUGAUGAGGAAACUCGUCAUGAACGGGUGUGAUGUUCAUCCGGGAGCCAACUUCAUACAUCAGAGGCACACCCAGAAUAAAAUGUUUCUGAAGUAUGGCAAUAGACAGAAAAUGGCUCAAGAACUCAAGUAUGGGGACACUGUUGAGAGACAUCUGAUAGAUGGAGACAUUGUUCUCUUCAAUCGUCAACCAUCACUCCAUAAACUCAGUAUUAUGGCACACAAGGCGAGGGUGAAGCCAUUCCGUACCUUCCGUUUCAAUGCCUGUGUCUGUACGCCCUACAAUGCUGAUUUUGAUGGCGAUGAGAUGAACCUUCAUUUACCUCAGACGGAAGAAGCCAAGGCGGAAGCCCUCACACUCAUGGGGGUGAAGUCCAAUCUUGUUACACCAAGGAACGGUGAACCAUUGAUUGCUGCGAUUCAAGACUUCAUUACAGGUGCCUAUCUCCUGACCUCCAAGGAAGUGUUCUUUGAUCGAUCCAGAGCCUGUCAGCUUGUCUCGGCGAUGCUGUCCAGCCGAGAAACCAACAUGAGGAUCACGCUUCCUCCUCCUGCUAUUCAGAAGCCUGUUAGAUUAUGGACUGGCAAGCAGGUGUUUAGUCUCAUUCUCAGACCCAACUCAAAGAGUGAUGUAAAAGCUAACCUCCGUACCAAGGGAAAGAACUAUUCCUCUGGAGAGGAUCUGUGUGUCAACGAUUCCUACAUAGUUGUCCAUAACAGCCAGUUGAUGUGCGGAGCCAUGGAUAAGAGCACACUAGGGUCUGGAUCCAAGAAUAAUAUCUUCUACAUCUUGUUGAGGGACUAUGGUGAAGAAUACGCUGCCGAUGCCAUGAGUCGAAUGGCGAAACUCUGUCCUGCCUACCUCAGUAACCGGGGUUUCUCCAUUGGUAUUGGUGACGUCACUCCCGGAGCUGGUCUACUCCAGGCUCAGAAACAGCUUCUGCAUGCAGGGUACUCUAAAUGUGAUGAAUACAUCCAACAGCUGGAAGUUGGCAAGCUCCAAACUCAAGCAGGAUGUACGGCUGAGGAGACAUUGGAGUCGAUGAUCCUCAAAGAGUUGUCGGUGAUCCGAGACCAUGCUGGUAAGGCCUGUCUGAGAGAGCUUCACAAGAGCAACAGCCCUCUUACUAUGGCUGUAUGUGGGUCUAAAGGAUCUUUCAUCAACAUCUCACAGAUGAUAGCAUGCGUCGGACAGCAGGCCAUUAGUGGCAAGAGAAUCCCAAAUGGCUUUGAAGACAGGGCGCUUCCCCACUUUAACAGACAUUCUCGUAUCCCGUCGGCCAAGGGGUUCGUGAAGAAUAGUUUCUACUCGGGAUUGACCCCAUCGGAGUUCUUUUUCCAUACCAUGGCAGGGAGAGAAGGCCUGGUUGAUACCGCUGUAAAGACUGCCGAGACAGGUUACAUGCAGAGGAGACUUGUUAAGUCAUUGGAGGACCUGUGUUCACACUACGACCAGACGGUACGUAAUUCUAUGGGAGACAUUAUACAGUUUAAGUACGGUGAUGACGGUUUGGACCCGGCAGCCAUGGAAGGGAAGGACAAGCAGGUCGACUUACCCAGAGUCUUGCAACAUGUUCAGAACAAGUAUCCAUGCAAGAAGGAGUAUUCCUUGGGAAGCAUUGACAUCCAGAGAACGGCCAGUGAGAUCAUAAAGAGUAAAGAGUUUGCAGAGUGUAGUCAGGAAUUUAGAACCGCGCUUAGUGACUUCAUAGAUGAAUGCUGUACUGCUCUACAGAAGAGUCGACGUGCCUACAAGAUUGAUGAAGCUCAGACGGAACCUGAUGUCUUGUAUCAGCUUCAUCGCAUCACGUCGACGCAGCUUCGUCGCUUCUUGACCAUGUGCAAGUCCAAGCAUCAGAGGGCCUGUAUUGAACCUGGGACGACGGUCGGUGCCUUGGGGGCACAGAGUAUCGGGGAACCGGGAACACAGAUGACCCUCAAGACUUUCCAUUUUGCUGGAGUCGCUUCCAUGAAUAUCACUUUGGGUGUGCCUCGGAUCAAGGAGAUUAUCAACGCCAGUAAGAACAUCAGCACCCCCAUCAUCACCGCCCAGCUUGACGUCGUGGACGACGCUGACUUUGCGCGUCUGGUCAAAGGUCGCAUCGAGAAGACGUUGCUGGGCGAGGUGAGCGAGUACAUCGAGGAGGUCUUCCUCCCUGAUAACUGCUUCGUGCUCAUCAAGUUGGACCUGGACAGAAUCAGGCUGCUCAAGCUUGAAGUGUCCGCAGAAAGCAUCUGUAUGUCAAUCUGUGCUUCAAAACUCAAGGUCAAACCUGGUCAACUGCAAGCUGUAGCCGAAGACCUGAUAACCGUGGAACCAGCAGAGAGUAGUAAGAGCUCCAUGUACUACAAUCUUCAGUUCUUGAAGCAGAGCCUGACUGAUAUAGUCAUACAGGGAUCUCCUAACGUGAACCGUGCUGUCAUCCACAUUGAUGAGAAAGGAGGCAAGCAGAAAUACAAGUUAUUGGUAGAAGGAGAUAAUCUACAAGGAGUUAUUGCAACGAGAGGAGUGAAGGGAACAUAUACCACAUCAAAUAACACGUAUGAGAUGGAGAAGACAUUAGGAAUUGAAGCAGCGAGACGCUGUAUUAUGAGUGAGAUUGAAUACACGAUGGUGAGCCACGGAAUGAGCAUCGACCAUCGUCAUGUCAUGCUGCUGGGAGAUCUUAUGACGUAUAAGGGUGAAGUUCUUGGUAUCACUCGCUUCGGUCUUGCCAAGAUGAAGGAAAGCGUGCUCAUGUUAGCAUCCUUUGAACGGACUUCUGAUCAUCUCUUUGAUGCUGCCUACUUCGGACAAAAAGACGCCAUCUGUGGUGUGAGUGAAUGUAUCAUUAUGGGCAUCCCUAUGAACGUUGGAACAGGAAUCUUCAAGCUUCUUCACAAGGCAGAUAAACCAGUCAAACCCCCGCAAAGGCAUCUUCUCUUUGAUAAUCCAGAGUUGCAUCUUCCAGGCACCAACUUAUGACACCAAAUGCUGAAUGCAAGGAGACAUCUACACAACACCUUACAAUAGACACUGAAAGUGUAUUAAAAAGGAACACUAAAUGCCAAAUUAUAGAAGGAUCCACACCUUGGCAGAGUUAUUUAAUUGAUGCAGACGUUUGAGCCGUGGUCACUUCCGUUUGAAGCACGCACAAGUUAAAGUGAUGGCAUUACACCAAAGCACGCGACACAAGGAUAAAAUGACAAGUGAUUGAAGUAUAGAAUGGAGCAUUUUAUUCUUGGCGUUCAUUUACACCAACUCAGAGAGAAUAAUAGAUUUCAGGUUUUGACAUAUGGGAGGGUUUUUCAGGGAGCUCUUUUCAUUUAUCUUACUCUCAUAAUUACAGGUAUUU